CGUGCCGCCAUUGUGGCAGCUUUUCCUCUGUCGUAAUUUGCACUGUUUUUGGAGUAAAAGGUGAAAGAAGCGUGUAAAAAGUUAUCUUGUGAAACACUAACACGUCAGCAUUGUUGUAAAAAUAAACAAUGAAAGGAGUUGAAUAACCGGCUUUGUAAAUUGUACGUAAGCACUCAAAUUGGAAGACAAGUAAAAGUCCAUAUGCACGAUAUAACCAAGAGCAAGGAAUGAUGGAAAAGUCGCAGAAGAUGCCGAAGGUGGCUAAGGUGAAGAACAAGGCGCCCGCGGAGAUACAGAUCACCGCGGAGCAGCUGCUGCGCGAGGCGAAGGAGCGCGACCUGGAAAUACUGCCGCCACCGCCGAAGCAGAAGAUCUCAGACCCGCACGAGCUCGCGGAUUAUCAGCAUCGCAAGCGCAAAGCGUUCGAGGACAUAAUCCGCAAGAACCGCAUGAUCAUCACGAACUGGAUGAAGUACGCGCAAUGGGAGGAGAGCCAGAAGCAGAUACAGCGGGCGAGAUCCAUAUACGAGCGUGCCCUCGAAGUGGAUCAUCGCAACAUAGCGCUCUGGCUGAAGUACACAGAGAUGGAGAUGCGCAAUCGUCAGGUGAACCACGCGCGUAAUCUGUGGGACCGCGCGGUCACCCUGUUGCCCCGUGCCAAUCAAUUCUGGUACAAGUACACGUACAUGGAGGAGACGCUGGAGAAUAUAGCCGGUGCGCGUCAGGUGUUCGAGCGGUGGAUGGAAUGGGAGCCGGACGAGCAGGCCUGGCAGACGUACAUCAAGUUCGAGCUGCGCUACAAGGAGAUCGAGCGCGCCCGGCAGAUCUACGAGCGUUUCGUCAUGGUGCAUCCGGACGUCCGCCACUGGAUCAAGUAUGCGCGUUUCGAAGAAUCGUACGGCUUCAUCCGAGGCGCGCGUACGGUCUACGAGCGCGCGGUAAAUUUCUACGGGGACGAGGGCCUGGACGAACGGCUGUUCCUGGCGUUCGCCAAGUUCGAGGAGGGCCAGCGGGAGCACGAUCGCGCCCGCAUCAUCUACAAGUACGCGCUGGAGCACAUACCGCGCAGCAACACCCAGGAGAUCUACAAGGCGUACACGAUCCACGAGAAGAAGUACGGCGACCGGUCGGGCAUCGAGGACGUGAUAGUCAGCAAACGGAAGCAUCAGUACGAGCAGGAGGUGAAGGAAAGCCCCGCCAACUAUGACGCGUGGUUCGACUAUCUGCGGCUGGUAGAGUCCGAGGGUAACGUCGACGCGAUCCGCGAGACUUACGAGCGUGCGAUCGCGAACGUGCCGCCGACCAAGGAGAAGCAGUUCUGGCGGAGGUACAUCUACCUGUGGAUCAAGUACGCGCUCUUCGAGGAACUGGAGGCGAGGGAUGCCGAACGGUGCCGGCAGGUGUACAAGGUGUGCCUCGAGCUGAUACCGCACAAGCGUUUCACCUUCUCCAAGAUCUGGCUGCUCUACGCCUACUUCGAGAUACGGCAGAGGGAUCUGACCAGAGCGAGGAGGACCCUGGGAUUCGCCUUGGGCGUUUGUCCCACUGACAAGCUGUACCGCGGCUACAUCGAUCUGGAGAUACAACUGGUCGAGUUCGAUCGUUGCCGCAAGCUCUACGAGAAAUUCCUCGAGUUCGGCCCGGAGAACUGCACCACGUGGAUGAGGUUCGCCGAGCUGGAGACGCGGCUGGGCGAGACCGAGCGCGCGCGCGCGAUAUACGAGUUCGCGAUCGCACGGCCGCGACUCGAUAUGCCGGAGCUGCUGUGGAAGUCUUACAUCGACUUCGAGAUCGCCCAGGGUGAGACGGAUAAUGCCAGGCAGUUGUUCGAGCGGCUGCUGGAGCGCACGUUGCACGUCAAGGUGUGGAUAGCGUAUGCCAAGUUCGAGCUCCUUAAUCCGGGUAACGACGAUGCGCCGGAUAACGUCGUCCUGGCGAGACGUAUCUUCGAGCGCGGCAACGACGCCCUGAGAUCCACCGGCGACACCGAGAGUCGCGUACUGCUGCUGGAGGCUUGGAAAGAUUUCGAAAGCGAAAAGGGCACCGCCGACACACUCGCCAAGAUCAUGGAGAAGAUGCCGCGACGUGUGAAGAAGAGGAGACGUGUCGUCGAUGAGGACGGCAACGACGACGGCUGGGAAGAGGUGUUCGACUUUGUGUUCCCGGAGGACGAGUCGCAGAGGCCAAAUCUCAAAUUUCUCGCAUCUGCGAAAGCUUGGAAGAAGCAGACCGAGGCGUCUUGAAAGUGCACUUUUAU